CAACCAGUCUACAGACCAGUCAACAGCCAACCAGUGGUUGGCCUAACUCAGCACUGGUUCCGUCCGGUGCUGAGACUGAAGAUUGAUCCCAAUCAGCUUUCUGCUCGGAAACGAACCUCUGCUUUUCCUUCUCUUAUACCAAGAAACGACACGAAAAUCGUGAGUUAAAACUAUGCACACGUGCGUUAAUAACUCCACCAUAUAAGUGUGUUGGCAUCUUCCUUGGCUACAAAACUAAGGAAGACUGGUGAACACUUUAGAAGUAUUUUUCCGUUAAGCAAUAGAAAACGUUUUCCGUGCUUGCAUAGCUUGAUAUAAACACGAGAGGGGUUGGGAGAAUUCGAGACAGUUAUGCAAACCCGAGACGAAGUCGAGGGUUUGCAUAACCGUCGAGAAUUCUCCCAACGCCUCGAGUGUUUAUAUCAGGCUAUGCAAACACAGGAAAAGAGUUUUCUAUUGCUUUUAUAAAAUAACUUUCCCGAGAAAAAAACGCAAAACUCUUUAUAUGGCACUGAUUAAAAAAGAAAUUCUUACCAGUCGCAAAAUCUUGUCCACGAAGUCUUGCACGCGUAAUCAGUUCUUGUUUUGCAAAAAGAUUCUUUGCAAAAUACGGAUUUUUCUCGCUUAAAAUGUCAGCUUAAGCGAAGAAAAAUUGACUCGCCUUCUUUGUGACGAUUUUCCAUGUUUCAGCCGACGAAGGAAUGGGUAAAUAAAGUAAACUUGUCGAGUUUUGAACUCGAAAACUUUUUCAAAUUCGUGCUUGCGUGAUUAGCGCGCGAAAAGCCAAACAACUUGACAGCACAACCAUGUUUACAUACUCUCAUGCAAACACUGCUCUCGGCCAAUCAGAGACCCUUAGUUAUUUUAUAAUUUGAAAUAUUAACGUUUCAUUACUUAAUACAUGUACGCUGAAGCCAAGUACAGUAAAAGUGUAAAUAGAGUUAUUGACUAGUAAUAGUUGACACUACAGCUGCCCCCGCUCUGUAUAUUGUCGGUCAAUAGUAUUCUUGCUCGUUGUGUAGCUCUUUGAAAUAUACCGAUUCAUAAUGAAGAUUUUCACACAUAUUCCAUACAAAAGGUGAGAUAAACGCCAGGUUCCAUGCACAGUUUCAGUUCGAUUAACACAGCUUUGAUCAAAACAUUCUCAGUUUCGAGAAUAGUUUAUUCUAAACCAUAAGAAAAGAUUUAAUUAGAAGUUGGAUUUUUCGCUAUUUCGCUUUCACUUUUUACAUUCAGUUCCUUUUAUUUGCCGGACCGCAAAGUAAGCCUUAGAAAUUAAAAGGACGUUUGAUCAAUUCACGCUCGCGCAUUCUAGUCUUUUUUAAACUUUAUAGCUGAAGGACAUCUGUGAGCAGGGAAUAAGUAAGCACAGAAUUUGAUUGUCGGCGAAUUUCUGUAAUCGUCCACCGUUCUGCUAGUGAUAAGCUAGCCGUUGUUCACUCGUCUUGCUUGUUUGGGGCUGAGUCUUAUUUCGGUCAAAGAGAGAGAAAGAGUGUCUGGCAAGGUUUCCAGUCAAAGAUUUGUGAACUUGUGUCUGGCACUGACUCUACAAGUGUUUAUAUACACAGUUAUACGCAUCUUAUAACUUCAUCUGCGCUUAACGAGUGUCUUUUGGUCCAUAACUGAUAACACGUAACGCAAAAGAGUAUCCAAGUAUGUCACAAAAUCUACCUAAGCGGUCCCUUCGGGAUUUUCUGUCUUUACGUCAUCCUAACCAUUUCGUACUUGCGGGCGCAAACAAUAGAAACGUCUUCAUUACCUACCAAUUCCUCGCGGCCCCUGUUCAAGCAAAUCGAGAUUUUUUCUAUAUUGACUGUAUGAUUGUAUAUUACAACCGUAAGUACUUUCCUUAAUAUAAUCUAGAGUGCCUCCUCGGAAUUUCGCCUUCUGGGCGAAAUCCCUGCGGGGGCAAUAACCUUAAGCACCGACAACGCCGAGAGACGGCAAAUAGAACGCGGUCCCCAAGAAUUCAACUUAGAAAGAUUAAUCUCUAUUUGCCUUUCAAGGCGGCGGGUAAAAACGAAUUGCAAAAAAGUUUGAAUAACACGAAGUCAACUGUUAAAAUCACGUUUUUGCUGCCGUCGCCUUCGUCCUUGCUAAGCUCCCGGCUCAGCUGAAAGAUAACUGAAGAAAAUUUGGUUAUGAUUUUGGCCGUCAACAUAACGCAUUUUUCAUGUUGACGUUAUCUUAACGUAUAAAAACUGAUUCAUUUUCCUGUCACCGAUGUUAUUUUCUCUUUACUUACCAGGUGAAUGAAAGCCAUGUUUCUCUUCGCCUUGAGUAUGCAAAUUGCUCUUGGGUGGAAUAUGAUGUAGGUAAUAUGUUGCAAAUGACGUUUGGAAUUUAUGGUUCUCACACAUUGCCGCUGUGCACGUAAUGCAUCUCGCGUUCUGGUUAUGCACGUGUAGUAGGGCAGUUCGUGAUGUUAUAGAUGAAGCAGUGUAGCAGAAAUCUCGUCCGUCUCGUUGUAAAUAAAGCUAGUCGUAUUCAGCGCGUCUCAAUCAAGAACGUCUUGGGGGGCUUAAUCCCACUAUUGCAAAGGGAGCGGGAACGCUUGUCGGAAAAAUGGAAUUAAUCCCUUUUGCGCGAUAAAUUACAGGGGCUCCAGAACUGUGCGGCGCGCGUUCUCACAAACUCCAAUUAUGAUGCAGAUGCGAGUGACUUUAAGUGGCAAAACCUUGAAACUCAGCGGCUAAUUCAUUAGGCUGUGAUGGUGUGUAAAUCUUUGAAUUGCCUUGCACCUGGUUACCUGUCUUCAAAAUUUAUAUUCGCGCAGGGAUAUAUUUUAUUUCAUACAACCUUAGAGAUUCUGAAAAUAAGCUUGCUGUUUCCUUGCCACGAACCAAAUACCAUAGAAAGAGCUUCUGCUUCAGCGGGAAUGUUUUGUGGCACAAUUUGCCCUCUGAUGUAAGACAAGAAAAAUCUUUGACUAGCUUUCGGAAACUGUCGAACUUCUAGCUCGAACACGGCAUUCAUGGAAAACAGGCCUUAAUUUAAUAAAUAAAUUGAUUUUAUUUAUUUAUUUAUUUAUUUCAACAAUCAUUAUUGUAAGUGCUAUUAGUGUUAAUGUAAUAGUUUGUAAUAUUCUGGGAUUUCAAAGUAUAUAUAUGUACUUAGCGAUAUUUGUAUUUAGCAUAAUGCUUUACCGUGUAUGAAUAAAAGUGGUGAUGAUAAUAAUGAUGAUGAGCUAGAUCUAGGCGUCGCUUAGGCUUUCUUCAACCCCUUAAAUAUACCUUUCCCAAGAGACGACCAAGCAAAAGUUCAGUAAUUAAUUUAAAUCACGAUAAAGACGUCACUGACUGAUGUCUUUUUCUCAUACUUUUUUCCUUCUUCUGGUUGCUCUAUUUCUUCACGUAGAGCCCUUAGUGAUGCCUGUUUGGGUAAAAUUCUGAGUGGCGUUCCUUGAACACCCUAACUGAUACCUAAAUCUGCAAGUUAAGUUUCAGCACCCCCCCCGGAAUCUCUCCUCCCCCCGCAACGAGGCCAAGAGCAUUCCCGUCCGUUCAUCACCCGGGUUUGAACUCAGCACCAAAAAAGAAAUCUAAGCUAAUCUAAAAAGGCGGGUGGAAAGUGCAAUUUAAACCUCUUAUCUCUAGUAUCAGGUAGGAAAAGGGGAAAGAAAAGAUUUCGCCACACACACCACUGCAUUCUAAACUAGUUGCUUUAUAGAUCCAAAAACGAAACUAAACUUUACAAAAUACAUCUGUUCACUUACUUGGUCUUUGUACUUUGUUGUUGAUUUUCUGUAUGCCGACUGUUGAUGGCAGCCAGGUCACUAUUAUCCAUUUCCCCUCACGUUACUGCGACAUUUUGAGAGCUUUUAAAACUCUUUCGCUAUGUGCUCGAUUGACAUAAUAAUGGCUCGGGUGAUAUGGCUGAGCGCAAGCGCAAGAUAGUCAUAUUUAGUCCAAGCAAAUCGCUAUUCAAGGCAACUAAUUGCGUUAAUGUUCUAUGAUUCUACUGAAUACCACACACGUUAUUUUUCCCUUUAGGAAAAUGGAAAUUUGCAGAUAAAAAGUAAAGAAAUAAUGGACGAGGAAAAGCAUGGAAAAGCCUUAAUCAGAGGUUACUUAGACCUGGUACUGAGCAGUAUCUCCAUCAUGGCUGUUAUAAUUUCAUUGAUUGCUCUCUCGUUUUUAAGGUGAGACUUAAUUGCCGCUUUGCCUCUCAGCAAUUUAAAAAGAUCAUUCCCCCCGUGUAUAAAAGGGAAUCCUAGAGAGUAGAGAGUCUUGGCCUGGAUUCCGGUUUCCAGGUACUCAAUUCCAGAUUCUUUUUCAGCGGAACUGGGUUUCCGAAUGCCACAAGCAAAAGUUUCCUAAAUUCUUUAAUCCGGAUUCCCUCACAUAGUGCGACUUAUUACUGAGUAAUUAAUGAAUAAAAUACAGGGACAAUGUCAUCUUAUUUCUUAUAGACCCACAGAGGUAUAUACAACAAGUCUUAACGAGAAGCUUUAAACAUGCACUUGCCAGUGGAAUUUCUUUAUAAACUCUAAAUGCAUGGUUGCUAAGUUGAACUGUGAUCAAAUACCCGAACGAGACCUGAAAGUAACGAUAUACUCAAUUAUGACAUCAUCAUUAUAAGUUUGAAACUGAUUACAUCGAUAUUGAAUGCCCGAAGCUAAAAAUGGAGCGACUGAAUAGGUGCUAACGGUGGUAAACUUGUAAUGUAGUAUAGACUGUAAAUGACCUGUAAAUGACCUGUUUAAAAUACACCUCAGCUAGUUACUCUGCAUGGUGCAUCAACUGAGUAACUGAUUGAUAUUGCACGGUUUGAAAAUGGCAGAUGAUUUGAUUGUUUUAACAGAAUAAGAAACUCCGAAAGGAUAUUUGUGCACAAGAAUCUUUUACUUUCCCUGUGCUUGGCUUAUAUCGUGAUGAUCUUCGACUCUUUUGUCUUCACAAACAGGAAGCAAAACCCGGUAAUUGUUUUGUUCUUUUUCGUGUUAUUACCGCAUGAUUAUUAUUUGAUAUAAUAUUCAUGAAAUUAAACCGUCCAUAGGAUGAGUAAAAUGGAAAAAAAGUGAUGAAAACGCAUGUUUUUGUAUCUUGAUUUAACAGCUGUGGCUACAAUAUACGCUCUUUCAGAGGGCUAGCAUUGUUUUUCUGAAAGUAAUGUCUUUAAAAAUAUCGUAGCUUACAUCAUGCUUAUUGCAUGUUACUUUUCUUAAAGAUAAUUUUUUGUCUGUUUUCAUUCUUCAUAUUUUAAAUUGCUAUUUGUUUUCUUGACUUACGACUCUAAAACAUGGUUCAAAAACGUUCAGCAUUUGUUGCUAAAAAAAAAAAAAAAAAGAAAAAAAGAAAAAACGGCGAGAAGUUCAGCAUUUGUUGCUCAAAAAAAAAAAAAAGAAAAAAAGAAAAAACGGCGAGACAUGUUGCAGCUUUUUGAAUGUUUAGGAAACAAACUCAACAUUUUUGAGUUUGACUUCGUUAUUCAACAAGUUACAAAGGAAUAAUUAGUCCAUCCGCCCAUAUUAUCGUUCAACUUGGUUGAAAAGCCACUUUAACAUUGCGGCAGGACGACUGAGCUUAGUCGGUAGAGCACUUAACUGCAGAGCGGUAGGUCGCAGGUUCGAUCCCUAUGGACCUAUACCCAUCAGUGAACUUAGAAAUGAAGGUAUUGCUUUUAUUCUGCUGCAAACGGCAAGACCUUAGCGUGGUUCAGAUGACCACGUAAAAUGGCGGUCCGGUCUCAAGUAGGAAACGUAAAAAUAGCGUCCUCAAUCAGUACUUUCCUGCUAACCUGAUAUAGACUUCCAAAAAAGUGCGUUUUUUAACAUUGCACUGUUCAACAUUUUGACCAGGAGCUAGCGCAACAAGUAACAACCAGCCUUGCUAACCCUAGGUUAACGCACAAAACCUACGAUUACAACUGCACGAUCGCUCCAUUUCCAACGACGCAGCAACUAACACUCUAUAUUUCAGCUGAGUUUUGUACCUUGCGCUGUUAAGUGGGAAGUUUACUGUUUAAUGAAUGCAUCUAUUUUCUUUCUUACAGAAAUUAUGUUCAUUUAUGGCGGUUUUUCAGCAUUUUUCGCGUACCGCCAUAUUUACGUGGAUGCUGGUGGAAGGAAUUCAUCUUUACGUCAAACUGGUGAAAGUAUUCUCGGUCCGGAAGCUUUACAUCACAUACGUUAUCAUCGGCUGGGGUAAUCAUGUCAAAAUUUCUUACUGCUAAAAACACACCAGCAACCUAGUUUCCAGGCUUCCUCCUGCUCAAUAGCCCACGUUCGAUAGAUUAAAAUUCUAACAUGACGCUCUUACGUACAAACUGUUAAUUUUUCUCGAUCCUAUUGCUUGUUUUCAGUGUCACGCCAUUCAAAAUAAAUCAAAAUCAAAAUUAAAACUGUUCAAUAAUUUAAGGCCAGAAUCUGGGAAAUGAAAGGCGGCAAAAUGCCCACCUAGAUGGGCACCAACAUGGUGGACGGAAACCAACAGAAACGUCUGUUACCGAGUUUUGCUACAAAAGCGUGAAUUUUUCCCUCGAGGAACUCAUAAACAGUAAAGUAAUGCUUUUUCUAAUACAUUAAUAGUUUAAAUAGCAAAAUUCCCCGAAAUAACUCACUUUUUAAACCUACAUGACAGCUCUCUCGGCCGUAACGUAAAAGCCACGUCACGCAAAAGCUUAGAAAUUCAAGCGUACUCUAACACAAAACCAAGAACGCUUUUGAAGUGAAAAUUUGUAUGAACAUUAGUUUUCAGCUGUUGUAAUACAUCAUGAAAGUAAAUUCUCAGUAGGAUCGAUAGUUUUGUAGUUUGAGUUUCAGUGACGUCAUUGGAAAACCAGCAAUCGUUUCUCAGAAGAGAUUUGAACACAAUGAAAACCAAACCAAAUACAGAAAUAAGACCAGAACUGACCAGACCUCGAGUCAUAUUAAAAUUCUGAUAUACCGAAAGAGGGCAAUUAAGGUGUGCGCGUUGACUGCGGUUAUCGAGUGGCCAUGGGCAACUUCGUGACAUCCGUCCCUAAGAAAAUCUUUCACUCGCUAGUAUCACUUCGUGACGAGCCUCCUGGGGACGAGUUUGAUUGAAUGGACAAGCCAGUUUAUCGCGUGAUUAGCUCUUUUUUACUAGGCUCUUAGAUAAAAGAUUUUCUCUUUUUUCCCCAAAUACAAAACGCGAGUUCAGCUGCGAUUGCCUUCAUUAAUCCUAGCUAAUUAUUGAUAAAAUAAUUUUCUAACCCAAAUACAUGCGGCACGAAUAUACCUUAUACUCUCGCAUUUCCUUCGCCUGUUCGACUACUGUCAGCUUCAUGUUAAGUUUAAAUUCCGUGAUUUUUAUAUCAUCCAACUUUUUCGAACGUAAGCACCUCCCUCCUUUCAUAAACCUCUAACUGCAAAGUGUUAGUAUUGCCCCAGUCACCUGGGACCAUUCAAGAUGCAAAAACAAAAAGCCAGCUUUUAAUCUGUAACUGUUUCCAGGUUUUCCUGUGGUUAUCGUUGGGCUGAUAGCAGCCAUUAGGCCUCUGACAUAUGAUAUGUCUAAGACUUACUACAAAGAAGUCAUGUGCGGAACACUGAAACUUCCCGCCGAAAUUAUACGUACCAGGUUAGUUGAUAUGACCCAUUUAUGUGCAGGCUAGAGCAGAACCCUUUUUCUGCUCUCUUGUUUCACCCGCUGAGAAAAGAGCUCUUUUCUCGCGAUAGGCGGGUGAAACAAGAGCCGAAAGGCUUCUGCUCUCGCAGUCUAGGUGGUGCAGCCCUCUCUUAACAUAACGCUCAAGAGAGUGGAUGAUUUCGUAAAUCGUCUAUUAAGCCCCCUCUUGACCUCUCAAGUAAGCCCCUUCUCUCUAAUAAGCCCCCCUUCAUGGGAAAAACAUGUAAUAAGUCCCCUCCCUCUCCUCCCCCUAUUAUUACUCACUAUUUUGAUAGCUGUAUCAAUCUAUCACGACUGUAAAACUUCGCGGGGACUGCAGAUCAGGGAUGUUUUAUUCACCAAAUAGAAGUUUGGAUUUGUUUUUGAUCCUCGGCUGCAUGAUCUCCAACUUUUUGUACUUGAGCUUUUCCUCUUUUUUUCUAGUUCUUUAUGGAGAACUGACACCGUUGUCUUUGGUAAAUUAAAUAAGCGCCCCUCUCAAGUAAGCCUCCCGUCUCUAUUAACCUCCCCCCUCAAAUGUGUUUGAACUAAAUAAGCCCCCCCGGGGGUAAUAGAGGAUUAACGGUAUGUAUAUGACGGUGCAGCUGAAUUGGUGACUCUUGUCCCAGUACCUCUGUUCUUUAUACUAUAAUAAAUCUUCAGUAUGUUUAUGAAAGCACAAGUCAUAUAUGAGGGAUACAAAAAAAGUGGAAAUUUUUGUUGAUUUUCAUGAGGUGUUGGCUCCAUGAUGGCGAAUGGCUGUACAAAGCACCAAUCCUGACAAUCCUAUUGGUAAGCUGCGUCUUUUCAUUUCAGCAAUACAUCUUGCGGUAUACCAGUCUUCGUUUAGUUUUACAGAUAACUUAUGGUAAUACGCAAGCUUGUAUCGACUUGUAAGUACACUGUGCAAACUGUGAUGCAGCCAGCAAUUCAGGCGUCUGUUUUCCUAUGGGCGGGGAACGUGAAGGGAGGGGAGGGGAGGGGGCUAGCGAGCACUAGAAUUAGCUCAAGCAUGCGUGAAUCACAGGAGGAAGGUACGGAAUACAGUGGGGGCCAGAGACAGGUUAUAAAACUCUGUAUUUUUCUCUCCUUUGCGAGCAGUGGUAUUUCCAGGCUACUGCUCGCAGGGUAUCCCCCGUCCCUCACUUCAACUUCCGUUGUCCACGCACCGUGCCCUUCAUCUCUCGAGUUAGCUUUUACAGCGGUCAUUAAAAAUUCUAAUUCAUAAUUUUGUCUUUUUCAAUCCAUGUACUACUCCAAAAAGGGCGGGUCACUCAAGUAUACUUUAGCUAGUGUAUAGUGACGUCUUCUAUAGUAGACCGGAAGUUACUUAAUAGAAUAACUCAGUUACGACCAAAGGCUACCAAUUGUAUCAUCUAGAUCAGGCAUACCAUAAACAGAAAAAAAAAGAAAGCAUGAAUACUCCCUAACAAUAUUGUAUCAUUGCAGAUCAAUGUCAUUAUCUUCGUGGUUCUGUUAAGAGUGAUAUUUACUAAGAUAUCAAUCAAGUAUCAUAGUAACCAUGUCCAGAAAGCCAAGUAAGUAAAAUAUAACAGUAUCUAAGGCAAGCCAUCUUCUUGGAACAAAGAAUGUAACUCUUUUAGUUUCAUUUUAGCCCGGGAGAUUUCCCUUCGAUUCUCUAUUCGCUUUGAAGAUAAGUUUCCUGUUCAAUUUUAAAUCUUUUCGGUCUACUCAGUGAUAGGUAGAUUUUUUUAUGAGAGAUCCGCCCACUAAACUCACCGGUUCAUAGUGUGCUUUUGCUGUUCUGUUUAUAAGGUUUGUUCCAUAAUACAGCUUUUGAUUUUGAAAGCUGACAUACCAGCUUAGAAGGUUGGCCCGACUUUUCUCAAUGAUUGCCAUUCUGAAAAGUACCGUGAUAGCCCGCUCGGUAUUCGAAAUCAUUUAUGCAGAGUUUCCCUUUGCCGGAAUAGCUAUUUUAAAUAAAAUUUGACCUUUAUUUUUCCUUAACACUGGUAAAGAAAUGUCGUUGGUUUGUACUUUCAAAGGGCCACUAAGGAGAGUUGGUGUGACUUCUCCCUUAAAUCAUGCAUGGCUAUCUUUGAUAUGAGGAACGGAGAAUCUUUAAAACGGGGAAUCUUUGAAAUGGAAAAUCUUCAAGAGCAGGAAUCUUUAAAAUGAGGAAUUUUUUGGCGAAGGGGAAUUUGUUCUUCGUUCCUCAUUCCCCGUCUCUCCGAAUCCCCGUUCCUCGUUUUAAAGAGAGCCCCUAAUUCAUCGCGUUUUUUCUUCACAGAAAAGGAAUGAAGAGUGUUGCUGCCCUUCUUCCCUUACUGGGAGUCACGUGGCUGCUAGGGUUUGUCGCUGAAUUAAGCGAGAUCAUCCAGUAUCUGUUUAUCAUCUUAAACUCUUUACAGGUAAUUAUAAAAGGCUGGUAAUAAACAAAAAUGAAUAUUUAAAAGCAGAUACAACACUACAUGACAUAGCGUAAACUGACAAAUAAAAGGCAAAUAACUAAACUAGCCGCAUCCUCAUUACCGUAAUCCAGCAGGGCCGCAAGCUCCCUAGUCCAGCUGCUGCGAUCUUACGCAUGCACGCAAAACUGUCUCGAAUAAUCGCCUUCAAUCAAACAAUCGCCCCAUUUUGGUGCGUAAAAUAAGAUAAUUGCCCCCUGGCUAUUAUUCGAGGAAAUACGGUACCAGCUGAAAUAUCAACACCUUCAAUCACAGCUCGAAUCGCUCGAUCACUUUUAAACGAGUUGUUUAGAGCUCCUUAGGGUUUCGUGGGUAAUUAAAUUACAUUUACAAUAACAAGCGUUCGUACGCGGCGAGUGAUAUGUAACAGUAGGUCCAGGCCAGGGCGAUAUAACGGAAGGAUUCUUCUAUAAAAUCUUAGUACAAACAAAUACGAUAAAAACGUCAGAACUGUGAGAGUGCGAGGGUAUGUCCUAAACAAAAUUUGGUAAACUUUUCUCGCAUGCGCAUUGAUGAACUAUCUUACUGUCGUGUUGUGUACUAUCUGUGACUAAAUAACAACCAUCAGUUUCUCUCUCAUUUUCUCUACAGGGACUUUUGUUUUGCAUCUUUCAUGGUUUGCUGGAUGACCAGGUAUUUCAGAAACAAUCAGGCUGCCGAAAUCUUAAAUUGUCAGCUUUUCAGUUUUAACUAUGGUCCUUUUAUGAUCUGCAGAAACUUAUUUAGAACAUGACGGAGUUUGGGUUAUUUGAAUAAUUGAGAAACGCCAGAAUUCGUUUUGCAUUCAGAUUCCUCAGUUUAACCUCUGGUCAUUCUCGAGCAAGCUUUACAAUGGGAUGCACAGACAGUGAAGCAAAUUAAAGGCAAAAGGACAAGAAAUGGCGUAAAAUGCGAUAGCUUUGGAACUUGGUCAGAUAUAUAUACUUUAGAUAACGUUCUCAAUCUUUUUUUAGAUAAAGGAUAGUUUGGUCAAAUCCGUAAGGAGGACAAGAAUGAAGAUUUUGUUUCUAAGGGACAGAACCUCGACGACUGCAUCGACAGCCAGCAACCUCACAAUAAUAACUACAGGUAACCAGUGCUUGAUAUCAUUAUGUUACAGCCGAUCAUCAGGAGCUUUUGGUAUCUUCUCUUUUACUGGGACAGCGUUCCUUGUGGUGGUAGAGGAAGAAAGCUUUUUUAAAAGGCAAUCGCUCCCCAGAGCUGAGAAUAACCAGGCAAUUCGAUCAUAAUUGUGUUUGUACGAGGGGAGCAAAGUGCUAGAAUUUCGGUUUUGCAAAAGGUGUUUAAACUGAGCCACCUUCGUCGCUUUUUCAGUUCAGACCCCUUUGCUUUCUUUUUUUUUUUGUAAUUUUUACGCCUGUAGUGAUUCUUUUACGCCCCAUAGAAAAAGAUUAAGUGAAAAUCAUGCUCUCUGCAAAAGGGCUUGCGGUUUUUCGUCUUUAUCGACUUAUCCGAGAGGAAAAGUAAGAAUGUCUGACCAUAUGCAAAAGUGAAGCAAAAGCAGCAACUUCCCAGCUAUUUUCUAUUCAGGACCUUGCAGAGCAUUCUGUGAUCCUGCAGGGGUCUGAAACAAACCAAAGUCUACCGUUUUGAAGUCUGGUACGUUAACAAUUGAGCUAACGAGUUUAACGUAUGUGCCGGAUUUUCUCCGAAUAACGUUUUACUUAUUGGUUCGACACCUAUCCAAAGGUAACAGAAAAUUCCUCGCGCAGAUUAAAAAUGGCUUCUUUUUUACUGAACUCCAACCUACAAAGACUGGAGGGCUUUUACAAGUUCUUCCAAAGGCAACUUUUAUCUGAUUUAUACCCAGGAUCCAUGAUUGACGAGAAACAGAUUACUGGACAGCACUUACCCAUGCAAGACGUAACUGCAGCCGGGCAUGAUGACGCCAAGUUUUAA